AUGGCUUCCGCUUCUACUGCUUCUUCUCUUCUCUUCCCCUCUCGAAAUUUCACAACUAUUCCGUCAAUUCCACUCCGGAGAACCUCCGUGUCUUUCUUACGGUGUUGUUUUAAGAAUCCUUCUGCGGCCACCACCAGCGAGGAGGACAUUCUCCGUUUCGUGGCGAAUUCCGACGGAAAGGCACUUCCAUGUGUGCGGACGUACGAGAACAAUUCAGCUCGGCUCAGCCUCGUCGGUACAGUAGCGUUUGAUCAGGCUUUAACCGCGGCUGCCGCCGACGGUGGUGAAGCCGCCGAUGAACACCUCCGUGAAAAUGUCCCUGUCAUGGUGGUCGAGACUGUUUUCCCCGGAGGAUCCGAUCCUAAGGCUACUGUUUCAACCAGAUUGUUCUUGCCUACAAAGAAAGUUAAAGAGCGAGCUAAAAGACUACGGAGGUCUCUCUCAGAGGAUCUUUCUAGCGGAGAUUUGUCCAAGAACAUACUUGCGAUGACUUUUAGGCAAGUUGUUUUGCGGCAGCUGUGGAACUUUCAGCUGGUGUUAUUUGGACCUGGAGCCGAAAGAGAAAUGGGAGAUUACGAAAACCCUCGAGAGGUUUCUACAUCCUUCACUCUUAGCUCAUCAGAUGAACGGGUUAUCUCUGUUAUUGCAGAAGUCAUAUGCAUCUCCGCUCUUCAAAGCACUGAGAAGCACUUCCUCGAUGAUUAUCUGGGAAAAGCCAAGUUUCCGUUUUUCAAGUGGUUAACCAAGCGCAGGAGGAUUGCUUCAAGAGACAGCUCGGUUGUCCUGUACAAGGUGUUUGAUGAUGAGCUAAGCGAGAAUACAAACCACUUGCUUGAGUAUUUCCAAUCAAGGAAGGAGAACUUCAAAGUUGCCGACACAAGGCAGAGAAGUCGGUGGUGGAACUUGUCUGCUGAUUCUAAGUUGGAAAAAAUUGGUGGCCCUGGGUUUAGCAGUUGGGCAAGUGAGUAUCUACCAGCGUAUCGACUAGAAAUUGAUACUACAAUACUUGGGGACCUAAAGCUUGAAGGCUGGAGAAAGUCCAGUGAAGAUAAGUGGGAGGUUCUUCUAACCCACUCCCAAAUGGUUGGAUUGGCUGAAGCAUUGGAUAUUUACUUUGAAGAUAUAUACUCACUGCCAAGGAAACAGCUCCCAUGUGAUGGUUUUGGAAAUUACGCAAACUUACCCAGUGAAAAGAGAGGACUGUCUUUGCUGAAAAUGAUAUCUGUCACCAUGGCCAGUGGAAUUCUUCUUCUUGCUGUGAGUGCUGCGGCUCAAUUCUGCAUUCCACAGAAAAGCGAGAGAAAGUAUCCUGGAAAACGCCAAGAUAUUCUAUGGUCAGAGAGUGAAUUGUUAUCUAAUCAAUCUUCAGAUUCCUCUGAGUUGGAGUCAUUCUGCGGGUUAAUCGUCAACAAGCUCAAGGAGGCUUACUCUUGGGUAGGAGAGGUAACCCUAGAGAGCAGCAUAGGCGCCUGGAUUGGGGAAGUACCUGAUUACUUGAAAGAAACCAGCAGAGCUAAAUCCGUCGAAGAUCACAUGGUUACAAGCUCUUCUCUUCUGGAUAAACUCAAUGAAGACGCCAAGGCAUCUGCGCAAGAUAUCGCUACUUACCAGGUAGUGUUAUCAUCCGAAGGUAAAAUUAUAGGGUUUCAACCGACUAGCCGGGUGGCUGUGAAUCACUGGGCGGCUAAUCCUUUAGCCAAACAGCUUUACAGCGGAAGAAAACUCUCCCCUGGGCUGAUUGAGCCUGGUCUCAAGAGUCAUCCUCUUACAAAAGUAGUUGUGUUGGAAUUGUUGAUGUCUGUGAAUUCAGAUCGUCCUUUUGCAUUGACGGACAUAGCAGUAGUUAUGGUUAAUUAUCUAGCUCUGAUUUCGGCUAUUCGAACGAAGAAGAGGUCGCCAAAGGCGAUGAGAAGAGGAAGAAGAAGACGAGGAGGAGAGAGAUUGGAGAUUCCUUUGGAUGUCCAGGAGGAGAUCCUGACUAGAUUGCCUGCUAAAUCGCUGAUGAAGUUCAAGUGCGUCUCAAAGCUCUGGUCUGGUCUUAUCCGUUCCCGAUACUUGACCAACCGUUAUAUCAGUGUCGCGUCCCGACCACCGCGUCUGUACAUGAGUUCGGUGGAACAACUCGGGUGUGCUUCAAUGGAGGUCUUUCACAACCCGGGAAAGUCUCAGCUGGUAUCCUUCUCAUCAUCGUCUAGUGACAGUGGCGAGUCUUUCAGCGCAGACUCGACCAUGCCAGGGAUGGGAGGAAGCAACAUGGUGGCUCUUCGCGGCUUGCUUCUAUACAAUGUUUGCAGAAGGGCGUGUAUCUAUAAUCCCGCCACCAGACAAACCGUGACCUUGCCCGCCGUCAAUUCCAGCAUCCUUGCUCAAGGAGAUUCUCGCAAGUAUGUCUUCUACUUUCUCGGACAUCAUCCUGUUCUUGAUCAGUACAAAGUCGUCUGCAAUGUUGUUCUGAGAUCAUCCCCGAGGAUAACCUCGGAGCAUUGGGUCUUCGUACUGGAAGCCGGAGGUUCCUGGAAGAAAAUAGAGUCUGAUCAAACUCACGUGCCUACAAGCAUAGGAGUGUGCGUCAAUGGAGUUAUGUAUUAUCUGGCUUCCACUAGUAGUACCUCUCGCGGCAUCGUUUUCAGUUUUGACGUUAGGUCUGAAGAGUUGAAUACGAUCCAAGUACCUCCUUCGGUGUCUGGAGCAUCCAAUCGUACAGGGUUUAUAGAGUAUGGUGGAAAGCCAGCUGUGUUUGAUCAUACCCAUCUUGGAACAACGGGUUUGGUGGAGUGGUGGGUCUUGGAAGAUGGUCGAAGAUGGUCGAGGAAGUCUCUGGCUUUGCAUCCUUGUCAGAUGCAUAUGGUCGAUGGCACCAACCAUUUGGCUGUGCAAUGUACUGCUCAAACCGGCGAGGUUAUCUUGGCACCCAACCCCAUGCCUCCCUCUGGUUACUUUCUCUAUUAUGAUCUGCAAAAGAAUGCUCUGCGAAAGGUUCAUGUCAAUGGAUUAUGGGACGGCGGGUUUGGUGAGAAACGCAAAUAUUUCGCUAUUAUGGGUAAGAGUGAAAGCAUCAUGCACUUGGAAACUUGA